CUACUUCGAGGAUGAGAAGUGGACCUUUAGAGAGGUGGACGAGUUCAGCAACCGUGUGGGAAACUACUUCAGCGCGCGGGGCAUCGCGAAGGGCGACUCCGUGGCUCUGUUCAUGGAAAACCGCGUCGAGUAUGUGUGCCUCUGGCUCGGCCUCACCAAGAUUGGUUGUGUUCCCGCCCUGAUCAACUUCCACCUUCGCCAGGAGCCCCUCAAGCACUGCAUCCGCGUGGCCAAGCGCUGCAAGGCCAUUGUGGUUGGGGCUGAGCUUCAGGACGAGCUUGCCGUGGUUCUGGACGACGAAGACCUCAAGGCUCUUCCUGUGUUCGUGUCGGGGAAGAGGGACACAGCACUGAAGAUAGCAGGUGGAAUAGAUGCAGACGAAGGGCUCAAAGCCUCCUCCAGCCAGGUCCCCCCACAGCUUGAGGCUGUCGGUUUUGCUGAUGACAUGGUGUAUAUCUACACCUCAGGCACGACUGGACUUCCCAAGGCAGCUGUUAUUAAGCAUUCCAGGGGCGUCUUAGCUGUAGCGGCUGGCGUGUCGAUGAUUGGACUGGACUCUAAUGACAUCGUCUACUCUCCUCUUCCUCUCUAUCAUCUUGCGGCAGGGAUUUUAGGGUCUGGCAUGGCUCUCGUAUCCGGCAUCACUGUCGUCUUGCGCAAGAAGUUUUCUGCCUCUGGUUACUGGUCCGAUUGCAUAAAGUUUCGCGUAACGGUGAGAGAGAGAGCGGUUGGAUGUCACAGUGAUAUUAAAGGUUUACUGUUGAUGCCCAUAUCUAGCAGUGACACCAGGCAAAUAAUGCUGUGCUUAUCAGGGAAAGACGAACUCCCCCGACAAGCCAAUGGCACAGGAAUACAAGGUUUAGGGGCAGUUCCCCAGAAGGUGCAUUGUGUGCUAAGAUUUCUCACCAUUAACAUUUUGGACCUGGAUGAGGCACACCAUGCACACUGGCUCAAGGCUUACUUUGCGGCCUUGGGCAUGGGUUUAAUGGUUGGUGUCCAGAGCAGCUGUAAAGAUGGACAGGCAGUUCUGUACGACGCAUUGCCCCUCUACCACACGGCCGGGGGCAUAAUAGGGGUCGGUCAGGCACUGUUCCUUGGAGUCUCCGUUGUCCUCAGGAAGAAGUUCUCAGCAUCAGCAUUCUGGGCCGAGUGCUGCAGAUAUAAGUGCACGGUAAUUAGUGGUUCAUCCUCUGAUUACACAAUUACUGACUAUUACUGGUUUGCAGUCAACAUUGACGGCAAAAAGGGUGCAGUAGGCUUCGUGUCGGUGCUCUUCCCCAGCGUGUAUCCUGUGGCCCUCCUGAAGGUGGAUCAGGACACAGGAGAGAUCUUGAGAGGACCUGAUGGACUGUGCAUAAGAUGCCAGCCAGGUGAAGCUGGAGAAUUUGUGGGUAAGAUUGUGCGAGGAGAUCCUGUGCGAGAUUUCCACGGGUACGCAGACGAGACUGCCUCAAAGAAGAAGGUUGUGAAGGAUGUGUUUAGGAAGGGAGACGCCGCAUUUUUGUCUGGUGACAUCCUUGUGAUGGACGAGGAGGGCUACCUCUACUUCAAGGACCGCACAGGAGACACGUUUAGGUGGAAGGGAGAGAACGUGUCCACGGCCGAGGUGGAAGCCAUCGUGUCGGGCGCCGUGGGGAAUGCUGAUGUGGUGGUCUAUGGUGUGGAGGUUCCUGGUGCAGAAGGUCGUGCAGGCAUGGCAGCUGUCGAACGAAAGGAUGAUCAGGAUCUUGACCUGACAGCUCUCUAUGCAGCUCUUGAAAGCUCACUUGCUGCAUAUGCCCGGCCACUGUUCAUCAGAUGGGCUUCAGCACUGGAACGCACAGGGACCUUCAAGCUCAAGAAGGUUCCCCUCCAGAAAGAAGGCUUCAACCCCAAGGCUGUCAAAGACCCAAUCUUUUUCCUGGAUGGAAAGAACAGGAAAUUCAUCCCAUUGACGGAGCAGCUUUAUGAAGACAUCGUGGGGGGAAGGGUGCGAGUGUAAGGAAAAAGAGGAAGAGGGGACUGGGAAUAAGAACAGAGGGAGAGAGGAAAAGUGAGAUGAGGGAAGACAGCGUGAAAGAGGAAAGGGGAGAACAAGAGAAUGUAUUGAUUAUGGCAGUGGAGGAAGAAGGAGAAGACAAAGAGGAAUAUACAAGCAAUAAGGUUGAGAAGGAAAAUGAAGGAAAAGACCAACAAGCAAAGAAAGGUGAGAGGA